AUGGCCGCUCUAUAUCUCGUUGAUCUACACUCGGACAGACCGUCGUCAUAUCCUCACUAUUCGUUGAUGCUGAAUUUCGAUGGUAUCGACUUUCCUAUGACGCUACGAAACAUCGCUAGGUUGGAAUGUCUUAACGAUGUGUCUAUCAACGUAUUUGCCAUUCGAGAGAAAAGGAAGAGGAACGGUAUCAUAAUCGUUCCCUUGUUGCUCACGGGAAACAAGAAGUCUACGCACAUGUCUACAUUAUUUUUACUCGAACGAGAAAUUGGUCGUGUCGAGUGUGGAAGAGCGAACGAUUGCGCCGUUAUUCUUUCGAGCGAGGACGACAAGUUGCUCUCUUUUCGCAAUCACGACAAAAAGGAGAGACUACGAUUCGUCAUGUAUGCCGAUCUGGAGUGCAUUUUAGAAAAAGGAGAUCAACCACUGGGAAUCUCGACUAUAGAUUCACCUAUCAACACCACAAGGCGUUCAGCGUGGGAUAUUAUUUGCGUAGCACUGUUAUACCCCGGAUGGGUUACAACGUUAAUAUUAGGGAUAGUCGGUUGUAGAUCUGGCUACAACAGCACGUACAACGGAAUCAUAUCCGCGUAUAGAUCUCGCCGAGGCGACGACUGCGUUUGGUGGUUCGUCGAGGAGCUGCGCGCUCUCGCGUGUCGCGUGAGGAAGGUUCUGUGCGCGAGCGUACUGAUGUCGGAGCUCACCCCGGACAAACGGAGCGCUUUUCAAAAGGCCACAAAUUGUCACGUGUGCGGAAGGAGCUUUGGAUCGUACGAUAUUCGCGUGCGCGAUCACUGUCAUCUUACCGGACGCUGUAGCCACGCUUUCGAGGAUAGAGUCGAUCUGUUACCAUUGACUAAGAAGAAUUACAUCGCGUUUUCGAAAAUCGUCAACGAUUCGGCGUACGGAAAAUGGAAAAAUUGUGUUAAGCUACGUUUCGUGGAUUCGUUUAAGUUUCUCAAUACCAGUUUAGAAAAAGUAGCUUCGUAUCUAGAUCGAGAAAAAUUGAGGAUCUCGCGAUUCGAAUUUUCCGAUCUCAUCGCGGAGGAUUUCGAGUUGUUCACGCGCAAGGGCAUAUUUCCGUAUGAGUACAUCGAUAGUGCUGAUAAACUGUUAGAGACCGAGUUAUCGCCGAUCGAAGCCUUUCACAGUUCUUUAACUGGCGAAACUGUGAGCGUUAGCGAUUACGAACACGCGCGAAGAGUAUGGGAGCGUUUUCGCGUGAGAACUCUCGGCGAGUACAGCGAUUUAUAUUUGAAAACGGAUGUGCUUCUGCUUGAGCGCGGUAUACGCGGCGGUUUGAGCCAAUGCUCGAACAGAUACGCGCGAGCUAACAACCAAUAUGAAUCGUCAUACGACUCGUCUCAACCGUCGUAUCUCAUGUACUACGAUGUGAACAAUCUCUAUGGCUGGGCCAUGUGCGAACCCUACCGUAUGCAGAAUUUCGGUGGGUUGAGGAUGUCAAAGUCCUCGAUAUUAUGUCCGUCCCACCUGACUCCGAUAUCGUGCGUGCGAUACGGUUUACGCGUGACGAAGGUCUAUCGCGCGUUGUGGUUCGCGCAAUCUCCUUGGCUGCGCGCGUACAUCGAGCUCAAUACGGAACGGAGAACUCGCACGAGCAACGAGUUCGAGAGGAAUCUGUAUAAGCUGAUGAACAACGCGGUUUUCGGCAAGACAAUGGAGAACGUGCGCGAUUACGUAGACGUAAGGCUCGUGACGCGUUGGAACGGAAGAUAUGGCACUGAUCGUGAAACCGAAUUUUCACAGUAG